AUGAAUGAUGGAAUACUGAGGAUUUCUGCUGCUCAAAUCCAAUCAGUAAUACCACUCAAUGUAUUGGAUGAUUUGGCCCAAAUUCAAUCAGAUAUCGAUAACGAUAUUCAAAUAUUAUUGGAAUGGUUGCAACCAGUGAUACCUGAUGUGAUGCUGCAAAGUCAGCAUUGUCAAACAAGCUUAGGAGAUUUAGGAGAGUUUGGAGAAACUCCAGAAAUUCUGGAGAGCUUAGAAAAUUUAGGAAAUACAAGAAAUUCUGGAGUUUCGGGAAAUACUGCAAUAAUUAGAAGACAAACACGAAGUUUGGCAUCGACAGCGGCAGCACCGGUAACAAAAGUGUCAACAUCAACAGCAAGGACGGCAACGGCAACGGCAAAGCAAUAUACUAAAGAUGGUGUUUUAGAGACAAAGUUCAUCUCUUCAAACUAUAAAGAACCUUCACAUCGUGUGAAACAGGCAAUUAGGAGUUGUCUUAAACUUGAAGAAGAUCAGUAUAAGUUUAUGGAUAUUUACUUAAACACGGUGGAUGCGGAAUUGAGGUCUUUGCAAGUCCCUGCCUUUAUGGCCGUUGACUUCAACGGCUUUAGCCAUGCUUUAAAAGAAGGCCAAAAUCGAUCGUUUGCAGACUACAUUCAGUUUAUUAAACUUCUCCAGCGUCACUAUGACAACCAACUUGAUAAUUUGAUGUUACCCGCCUCUGUUCGCAGUAUCUUUGAUGACAAGUACCGCAUUAUUCUUCAAUUAUAUUUGUUGAGACAACAAGAUUUCUUGCCAUUGAUAAAGCAGUUUUUUGUGACCUCAUUUUUUGGCAAAAGCACUCUUUCGGCAAAGCCAACAUCUUCAUCGAUGACGUUGAAUAUGAUUGACGUCAUUACAACUUUGGUGUCAGUCGGUCUCUGUGAAAAGUUGAAUGAAAUUAUGGUACAAAUUUGUGUUGAAAAAGUCAAGACAUACACCUUGCAAUUAUGCUGCAAUGUUUGGGACAGACCUCUUCUAGAUAACUUAAAGUCAUUCAUACAAGACGAAAUCUACCCAGAUUUCUCCAUUAUUGUGAGCUACACUACACCUAAGAUGACUUUGACGGAUGCAAUGAAUAACCACUAUUUAUACGAAUUAUCCAAUGUUGCUCACACAAAACUAAUAUCACAACGUAUCACCGAGAUUUUCCAGCUAGUUCUUGCAUACCCCAGUAGCCUACAUGCAUUGAUUGAGUUGCAUCUGGUUCUAAAUCUGAAAGUUCAGCAAAUUUACGAAGUCAAUGCACAUCAAGUUAUGUUGACGAAUCACGCCUCAAAUUUUGAAGCUUUGCAAAGUCUGGAGCGAAGCAAACUUGUAGACACAUUUAUAAAUGAAUGUCAAAAGAAUUUGCUUCAUGCAGGCGUGAACACUAUUGACAUUAUUAUUGCUUAUACCAAGACCGUCAAGUCUUUUUUGAUGAUUGACCCGAGAGGAGUGUUGCUUGAUAAAGUGAUACGACCUAUUCGAGAGUAUCUAAAGACAAGGCCGGAUAUAUUCACCAAACUAGUCCAUGGCUUGUUAGAUACGUCGCCCCAGACUAAUAGGUUGUGGGAAUUGGCCUCUCAGUUGUAUGAUACAAAGUCUACCAAAUCCAAAAAAAGAGGUGCUUACAAAGACUUUAUUGAUCCCAAGUGGACACCUGAUCCUAUCGAUGCGUUGCCUGACUUUAAAAGAGAAAAAGUAGGCGACAUAAUUGAAUCAUUGCUCUCCAUCUUUGAAUCAAAAGAUAUUUUUAUACAAGAGUUCACUACCUUAUUUGCAAACCAGCUAAUAAAACUGUCAUCGUUUGAUGCACGCAAAGUAGGAAACAAACUAGCACUUUUGAAAGAACGUUUCGGAAACCAAAGUUUCCCUACACUUGAUGUAAUGAUUAAAGAUUUUGAAACAAGCGAAGCAUUAAAUGCCACACUAGGAACAAAACAGCUACAAAUGGGAGUUCUUUCGCAUUUAUAUUGGUCAAGUAUCUUGGAAGGUAUCAAUCCUGAGUACAACCAAUUCAAAUUACCGCCUGAUAUGGACCUAAUGUUUAAAAACUUUCAAGCCGAGCACGCGAUUGAAAAGCAAGGAAGAACUUUGAAGCUUGUCCCCAGUUUGGGCACUGUCAAACUACAUAUACAUAUGAAGAGCCAGACACGGGAGUUUGAGGUUAGUCCGGAUAAAGCUGCGAUAAUCUCGUUAUUCAGUGAAGAAAAAAAUGAACUUUCAAUAGAUCACAUUGCUUCCACUUUGAAUAUGCCUCUGUAUAUGGCUACUGAAGGUUUAUCAUUUUGGGCUAAAGAGGGAGUAUUGAUAAAUUUGACACCGACUUUGUACAUUGUAGAUGAAGACGAUGACUGA